CAUCGUUCGUGCACCGUUCUUGAAUGACAUGCAAUAUCCGGAUUCAAGUUCAAAAACGUAAACAACCUCGGCUGAAGGCGACCUGUCAACAUCGCCAACGCAGAAUAUUCUGUGAAUUACAUUGAGGUUGCAUCUUUCACAAUGGCACAGAUGCCCAAACUCCUUAAUGAAAACUGCAUUGAAGGAUUUCUCAGUAAUUUUGACAAUGUCUUAACUGACUGUGAUGGUGUACUCUGGAGAGGAGAUGAUAUAAUUGGAAGGUCAAAUGAGGCCCUCAGUAUGUUGCGAGCUCUCGGCAAGAAGAUUUUCUAUAUCACCAAUAAUUCUACUAAAACAAUUGAAGAUUAUGUAAAAAAGUUUGAAAGCAUGAAUUUUGUUGCAGAUAAGGAGGAAAUUAUAAGCUCAGCAUAUGCAACAGCUCAGUAUCUGAAGCAGCAGCAGUUCAGCAAGAAAGUGUACAUUUUAGGGUCUUCAGGAAUUGCUUUGGAAUUAGAUAAAGUUGGAAUUGCACACACUGAUGUUGGGCCAGAGUACCAGAUUGGGGACCCAUUUGCAAUGGACGAAGUAAUCAAACUGGAGCCAGACAUUGGAGCCGUGGUUGUGGGCUUUGAUUCUUACCUGAGCUUCCCCAAAAUAGUGCGGGCUGUGUCUUACCUCCAGCAACCAGACUGCCUCUUUAUUGCUACAAAUACAGAUGAAUGGUUUCCCAGAGCAAACAGCGAUCUAUUGAUCCCAAGUGCUGGAUGUAUGGUGAGCUGUGUUGAGACGGUUGUAGCCCGCCCACCUAUAGUCAUAGGCAAGCCAUCAAAGAACAUGUUCACAAUUUUAAGUGGGAAGCACCAACUUCAGGCAUCUCGCACACUCAUGAUUGGAGAUCGGUCUAACACAGAUAUUCUUUUUGGCAAGAAUAGCAACUUACAGACAAUGCUGGUACUCACAGGUGUGACAACAAUGGAAGACUUGGAAGAAUAUGCAAGCAGCACAGAUGAAGAAAAACACAAGCUAUUGCCUGAUUUUUAUUUGCCUAGACUUGAUGAUAUUAUUAACUUGUUAAAAGAUUUUUGAGAUCAAUUGAAAUCAAAUUUAUAGUUGUAAAACUAGAAUGUGACUUUUUUCCCAGGAGAAUAAUGGAAAUGUUUUUUUGAAAAUGUUAUGUGUUUAUUUAUUUAUUUUAUAAUACAAUUUGUUUACUUAUUAUUGCCUUUUAGAAUGUAUAUGCUUGGUUUUCAAAAGGAAGAUGUAAAGGUCAAAAUAUGUUCAUACGUUAGACCAAAGCUGGACUGAGCCAAGGGUACACAGGAAUGAGUGGAUGCAAUGUACAACACUGGACCCUCUACCCCCCACCAAGGUUUCAAUAUUGACUCAUAACUACCAGUGUAAAAUAAGGUACUGGGGGUGCCAUAGAUAUGUUUAUGUAAAGUUGGGGUAAGAGUUGUUGCCAUAGUUCACAACCAGUCAAAAAGAAAGAAAAAAUUUGCUUUUCUUGUAAACAUGUAGACAUGCUAUGCUAUGAAUGGCCAUGAUUAAUUUUGCUUUUCCUUCCAGGCUUUUUUUUGGUUACUCAACUUCAAAUAUUCUUUGUAUUAGUAUGGUUAUGGUAUUCCUUCUCAGAAUGAAAAUUUCAUUUCUAUUCUUUCUAAUUUUGAAUUAUUUUAAAAAUGUGCUAAUCAUUUUGAUUCUCAGCACUGUACACACUCAAGUUUUCCCAAUCAAAGUUUCAUUAGUUAUGGGUUUUCUUCCUGAACUUAAUAUCAGUUAUUGAAUUUUAUGCAAACAUUACUAUUUUAUCCUUAACAUUUUUUUUCAAAAGCAAGGGAAUUAGAAGUGUGUUGUAUUAUUCUGCUAAGUUUUGUAAAAAUGCAUUUGUCUCUAUAUGCCAUAUGUGGGUGUGUUUGAUCCACUUUGGAAUGGGUCUGGGUUAUAUUAUAUUACUGGAUAUGUAAAUUAAAAGGUGGUACAUAAUGAGUUGGUAAUUAAUGCACUUUAAUUAAUUGACUCAUUGUAUAACAUCCAUAUAAAUAUAGCAGUUAUAA